UCAAUCGUUUCACAAAUUCGUCUUUCUCAGAAUAUAUAGACAGGGGUUAUUGGUUGUGAUUUGUUCUACGUCAAAAAGCUGCCCUCAUCACUCUUUAUUCUCUCUCUCGUCUGUACUCUCUUACCACAAAACAUGGGAGAAAAUGAUUCACUUGAUCAAUUCCUUUCAGUUGCCAUUGAAGCAGCUAAAAGAGCUGGAGAGAUAAUCCGCAAAGGAUUUCACGAGAAGAAGAAUGUUGAACACAAAGGCCAGGUUGAUUUGGUUACAGAAACUGAUAAGGCAUGUGAGGAGCUUAUUUUCAAUCAUCUUAAACAACAUUUCCCAGAACACAAGUUCAUUGGAGAAGAGACUGAUGCUGCUAAUGGUACUACUGAGCUUACUGAUGAACCAACAUGGAUUAUUGAUCCACUUGAUGGAACGACUAAUUUUGUUCACGGGUUCCCUUUUGUGUGUGUGUCGAUUGGUCUUACAAUUGGAAAGGUUCCUACUGUUGGGGUCGUUUACAACCCAAUCAUCAAUGAACUUUUCACUGGGGUAAGUGGAAAAGGUGCAUUCCUGAAUGGCACUCCUAUCAAAGUUUCUUCUCAAACUGAAUUGGUGAAGUCCCUUCUUGCAACUGAGGUUGGAACCAAGCGUGAUAAGUCUACUGUGGAUGCAACUACAAAUAAAAUUAACAGUUUACUGUUCAAAGUGAGAUCCCUUCGAAUGAGUGGAUCAUGUGCACUAAACCUGUGCGGAAUUGCAUGUGGGAGGCUUGAUCUCUUUUAUGAACUCGGAUUUGGCGGUCCAUGGGAUGUAGCUGGUGGAGCUGUGAUUGUUCAAGAAGCCGGAGGUGUUGUGUUUGAUCCAUCUGGAAAUGAGUUCAACAUAACAUCUCAAAGAGUUGCAGCAUCGAACCCUCACGUCAAGGACGCCUUUGUUCAAGCCCUGAAAGAAGCCAGCAAAUGAAAUAGUACCAUCUCAUGAAGAUUUCCAUUUAAAAUUACUUGUAACCCAAUUGUUGUCUACAAGACGAAGAGUUGAGUUCUUGCGAACAAAAUGAUCGAUAAAAAAAACGUUUGCUGUGAAUCAUAUAAUAGGCUUUGAUUCGUCCGAAUAAUUUUUCAGCUGUUUUGUUUCGA